AUGGCCCCGAACGUCGAGAUCUCCAUCCCCACCGCCAGCACCUCACACACCUCUCCCCCCUACACAAUCUACAACAUCACCCUCCGCCUACCUCUCCGCUCCUUCACCAUCUCAAAGCGCUACUCCGAUUUCGUCGCGUUCAACAGCACUCUCAUUGCGCAGACGAACAGCCCACCGCCCGCCCCUUUACCAGGGAAGCACUGGUUCUCCAACACCGUCUCCAACACAAACCUGUGCGAAGAACGCCGACAGGGCCUCGAAACCUACCUCUGCGCAAUCAACGAAGCCGAGGAUGCACGGUGGCGCAGCACCAGCGCAUGGCGCGCAUUUCUCAACCUCCCCAGCUCCGCCAGCACCCAGACCACAUCCGCGAAGCUCCACGCCGCCAUCACCGAGCCCGGCGCGCCGGGCUCGCAGAGCGCCAUCACGGACCCGACUCUGUGGCUCGACUGCUACCGGGACAUGAAGUCUCAUCUGCACGAUGCACGGCUGCAUCUCACGCGGCGGGACCAGGAGACGACGCCGCAGAAGCAGCAUGAGAGCUCGGCGCGGGCGAAGAGCAGUCUGGUGCGAGCGGGACAUCUGAUCGGGGCGCUGGAGGAUGGGUUGAAGAACCUGGGCGAGGCGAGUGAUGGUGGGAAGCGCGGUGGAUGGGGAGCGGGGAAUACGCUGGGCGAAGGGGAGAUUCGGCGGCGCAAAGACCUGUUGGUCAACGCGAGGAAGGAGAAGGAUGGAUUGGAGGAUUUGUUGAAUGCCAUAGCUACGAAAAGCAGGAUUGAUAAUGCAGUUGCCUCGAUCCAGGAUAAGGAGGCGCUGGUUGGCUCCGCGAGUAGGAAGCCUGCUCGGUCCGGGAGGGUGUUGGGUAAAGAGACGGAGCGGACCCGGGAGCUGGACAAUCAGGGCGUUGUGCAGCUUCAGAAGCAAACGAUGGAGAGUCAGGACAUGAGUAUUGAGGAAUUGAGGAAGAUUGUGCACCGGCAAAAAGAGCUCGGGAUUGCCAUCAACGCCGAGCUGGAAAUCCAGAAUGAGCUCCUGAAGCUCACAGACGAAGAUGCGGACAGAUUACAAAAGAAAGUCGAUAUCGGCAAGAAGAGGAUUGGGAAAAUCUCCUGA